AUGAACUUGGAGGACGGAACCAUCCAUCGUUUCCGAUCUAAGAAUACUGUUUUGGCCACAGGAGGAUAUGGGCGAGCAUACUUCUCCUGCACAUCAGCUCAUACCUGCACCGGUGAUGGCACUGCAUUAGUUGCACGUGCUGGAAUCAACAACACGGAUAUGGAAUUUGUCCAAUUUCAUCCCACUGGUAUUUAUGGUGCUGGAUGCCUCAUUACGGAAGGUUCCCGUGGUGAGGGUGGGUAUCUCAUUAAUUCGAAGGGAGAACGUUUCAUGGAGCGAUAUGCACCGAAUGCUAAGGAUCUUGCUUCUCGUGAUAUUGUAUCUCGUGCGAUGACCGUUGAAAUACUUGAAGGGCGUGGUGUAGGUCCAGAAAAAGAUCAUAUUUAUCUUCAGCUACAUCACCUUCCUGCCCAGCAGCUGCACGAAAGGCUUCCAGGUAUCUCUGAAACUGCCAUGAUUUUUGCUGAUGUUGACGUUACCAAAGAGCCUAUCCCAGUACUUCCAACUGUACAUUACUGCAUGGGCGGGAUUCCAACUAAUUAUAAAGGAGAGGUCAUACAGUACAGUAAAGAGAAAGGAGAUCAAAUUGUGCCUGGUCUAUAUGCCGCUGGCGAAUGUUCAGCUCAGUCUGUGCAUGGCGCUAACCGUCUUGGUGCAAAUUCUCUCCUAGAUCUCAUCAUUUUUGGAAGAGCUUGUGCGAUUACUAUCUUGGGACACACUAAGCCAGGAGUAGGUGUUCCCGAUCUUCCGAAGGAUGCCGGUGAAUCAUCGAUUGAUAACAUUGACUCUAUCCUACACAAGAAGGGUGGUACUCCGACUGCUCAAGUACGCCUGGAAAUGCAAAAAACUAUGCAAAAGCAUGCAGCCGUGUUCAGACGAGGGGAUAUUCUUCAGGAGGGUGUCAAGAAAGUGACAGAUAUCUACAAAAACUACGGAAAUCUUGAAGUUACUGAUAAAAGCCUGAUUUGGAACAGUGACCUCAUCGAGACAUUGGAACUCCAAAAUCUUCUUAUAAAUUCUAUUCAAACUAUUGUUGCUGCUGAGAACAGGAAAGAAUCUAGAGGAGCACACGCUCGUGACGAUUUUCCAACGCGUAUCGAUGAAUAUGAUUACAGCAAACCGAUAGAAGGUCAGAAAAAGAAGCCGUUAGAGGAGCACUGGCGCAAGCACACCAUGGUCACUUCCGAUAUUGAAACUGGAAAAGUGAGUCUCGCUUACCGUCCUGUAAUUGACACUACGCUCGACAAGAACGAGACUGAUUGGAUUCCUCCGAAAAUCCGUUCAUAUUGA